AUGACUGUACUAAAUUGGAGUUUGCUUCGAGCCGUGAGGCCAGAGUUGAAUGUCGAGCAGGCCGACGAAUCAGAACUGCAGCAGAUCGAAGAUGCAGCCGAAGAACUCGCCAAAGUUGACCGUGUCGAAGAGAUUGGAGAAGUGCGCGAUCUCCAGACAGCUUUCGGUGUGGCUCAGAAAAUUAUUAGGUUGAAAUCCAUGCAGGCGGAGGCCGCGAUUGAGGAGCUCGAAACAACCAUGAAGAACUCGACGUUAGCGCAAGAGAAUGAGCGACUGCGGAGAGACUUGGCUCGCGCUCGACGCGGCGAUCUGGAGGGUGAGGAUCAAGUGAAGAAACUGCGUGACGAGAUCGAGGAUUUGCAGAUAAGCUUGCGGCGAGAAAAACAGAGCUUGACGCGACUUGAGAGUCUCUAUGCCGACGCUGACCGAGACCGGAAGUCACUCCAGGUUGAGGUGCUCGCGCUUCAGAGUGAACUCGACGAAAAAAUUAAAGACGUGCAGAAAAACGAAAUCCACGCCGCCAGCCAAGUGACAGAGCGGCAAUAUAUUGCCAAACUCAAGGAGAAGAACGACCAGAUUACGAAAUUGAUGCUCGCCCUACAAGAGGAAGAAAAUGUGAACGAAGACCUACGAAGCACUAUCGAACAGCUCGGAGCGAAACUCCGGGAUGCUACGGUAGAAAUCGAUCAGUCAGCCGAUCUCAUAGAAGAGCUUCAGCGGGUUCGACAAACGCUCACGUCGCAAGGUGAGCAAAACAGACGAGAAAUCGCGACUCUCGAAGGACUGGUCGAUGAGUACAUGGACAAAAUUAAUGAACUCGAAGCUCUACAGCCGCCCGACAUGAUCAGGAACAACUCGAGUGCAGAUUCGAAAAAUACUUCCAGUGACCGUCUCGAAACAUGGCGGGAAAUCCUCGAGUCCAAAAACUGCCAAAUCCAUCAACUAGAGUCCAAAUGUGUGCAGCUCGAACGAGAGCUGGAGACCGUAUUGUCUUCCUCGAACACGUUGACCCUGAAUAUUCUGAAGAGAGCAAUAACGGAAAAAGACGAGCAGAUAAAGAGCUUGGCUGGGAGUUUGACUCAAGCCACUCAAGAUAUUGAAGACAAUGCGAGGUUUAUCGAAGAUUUGAAACGUGAAUUGUCUGACAAAGGCGAUCAUCGUGUCGACGAGAAAGCCUUCAGAGCUUCUCUAAGGAAACUCGAAGAAGACAACUCUCAACUGGAGAAGCAACUCUUGGACAGGGAGGAGCAGCUAGCUGAAGCCUUGCUGAUAGCAAAAAAAUACGAAAUGGGUGUUUAUGGUCUCUCAGACGCCGUGACCGAGGUCCGAGUUUGCAAACGGAAAAUCGCAGCUCGCGAUAAGAACAUCCUAAGGCUCCAAGAGCAGAUGGCUGAAAGUUAUGUUGAAAUCGAAAGAUUGAAGACAGAGAAUGAGAAUCUCUGCCAAGGGAUCCCACCGAGUCGGGCUAAGCCAUCGUCGAGCAGACGGAAUAGUAUCGAAGCGGAGAAAACGAUACUCGCACUCGAGGAGGAAAUUCUCGAGCUCAAGCAAAGUCUGCGAAACUUACAGAAGAACUUAGUCGAUAAAGUGCAUGAGGUGUCAGCAGGUUGGGAUAAUAGCUCGGAUAUGCAGACCAGAUCCAACGAGCAAGACAUUAGCAGAAGUUUCGACGAAGAUAACUUCGACCGAUGUCAGAUAUCGCGCACACCGUCGGAGAAGAGACGAGAAGUCGCGGACGGAAAAUCGGCGGACGAGACAGCGCACAAUACUGAAAUGAUUUCCGAGAAUCAGCAGCUGAAAGAAUUCCUCAUCUACGUACUCGAGUCACUGCAGACGAUCAAUCAGCACAGAUCCGACAAGCUGAAAGAAGACCAUCCGGAAACUCGAGCUAAGGAUCCGACAUCACCGUCCAAGCGCCGGAGAGCGUCUGCGAAUGCGGAAAACAUGAGUGAAAACCCAUCCGGAAGCCCCCCUAAGGUGGAGCUGAGACCUCGUUCGAAGCUUGCGAAAAAACCGCGAGUCUCUUCUGCGAAAGUGAGGAGAGCUCGCAAAGAGAACAUCGAUUGGCUCUCGGAGCUUCCCAUCGACUUUAGGAUGUUGAAAGAGUUCGUCAGGGACAUCUUGGAGGAGAAUCACUCCUUGGUGCGCGAUAUUGGGUCGUUGAGGGAGUCGCUCACGCGCGAUAGUUCGGAUCAACUGCUCUCCAAGAUGUUUGUUUCGGCGCAACAACAGCUGUUGAAACAGAACGCGAUCAUCUCGACGUACUCGGGGGUAGUAGCAGAGCAAAUGGAAUACAUAGAUUGUAUUCAGGAAAUGUAUAGUCGACAAGUCAAAGCCCUGAAAAGUGACGCACGACUCGCGCAGCCCGAACUCUCUUACACGAUCAGCUUCGAUUACGUCGCCGAGCUCAAGCAUCAGAUCAAAUUAUUAAACGAGGACAUCGUUCACAUGAAGAACAACAUACUCAACGAGAACCCAGACGCGUUCGAUGCCAAAUCGAUCGCACAUGAAGAUCAAACAGAGAACAUGUUUCUCAUCGAAAAACUUGGGAUGCAGGUUGAGUCGCUUAGUCAGCAGUACCUGAAAUCACAGAGGCUCGCUACGGAACGUCAAAAUGAAUUACUGCGACUGUACGAGCAAACUCAUCAGAAUGUUCCAGUGGCCAGAGAGUUACCAGCCUCCGACCAGAACAAAGGGAGGGAACAGAACAGGAGCAACGAUUCCGACAUCGAUAGCAGUAUGGAGGAGGAAUCUCAAACUGAAUCAGAGCGGAGUAUGUGUCAAAGUUUCUAUAAAAGGAUGGAUUCGCUGAGAGACUACAACCGAAAGCUCUGCACUGAGCUCGCCGAUGCCAAGUACAUUCUGAGACGGACCCAAGACGCGCUCAGACUCAAAGAAACAAUGCUCAGGGAGGUGAAUAAGCAGCAUAUCACCCAUGGUAACCUCGAGCAGAAGUUAAAGGUGAUGGAGAUAUCCUUGGAUACUACGAAGAAACUCCUUGGUCACAAGGAGCAGACCCUCGAAAGGUACCGCCAACUCGUCACGGACCUCAAACAGGAUCUGAUAUCAACUAAGGUGAAACGUAAUUCGGACGUCCAGGAGCUAGAGAGGAAGCAUAUGAAAGAUAUGUACCUGGCGAAGAAGCAGAUUGCCGAAAUCACGAUGAGAGCUUUCCAACAACAGAAGAAACUAGCACUGAAUGACGACGCCGUCACCGAUCAGACUACAUUCGAAAAAAUCCUGGCCGAGAAGCAGGUGGCAAUUCUGCAGCUGCAGAACAAGCUCAAAGCCUCCCAGAGUAAUGAGAUCUUCCUCCAGAACCAAUUCGAUCAAAUCAGAGGCACGAACGCUUCUCUGAAUGAGAACAUCCACGAGUUGAGGGAGAAACUGCGUGCUGCUGAGAGAUCUACUCAGGUGACCGUCUCGAUGCCGGAAAUCGUCACGACACCUGAAGUUGUUUCGCGCGAAGAUCCACAGCCGAGCGAAGAGUCGGACGAGGAGGAAACCGAGAGCAAGAAACUCGUCGAAGACCUCCGGGGAAAACUCGAGGUGGCAGAGGAUCGAGCAGCGAAGCUCAAACGAGCCAAUGAAGCGGCCAAAGAGAGAAUAUGCGCUCUCGAAUCUGAGAUCGAACAGCAGAACACUAAAAUUGAGCAGCUGAGGAAGAUACAGAAGCUUAAACGCGCCGACCCGAAACGAAUGAAGAUCCUCGAAGAUGAAGUCGAUAGUCUUCGGAGACAACUCUCGGACUUGAAACAACAGCAGUCGGAGAAGCCGUCCGAAGACGCGGUAAAACACAUCAAGCAGAGCAUCGAGGUCGCUCGGUGGGAAGAAUCGAAAAAAUGGCAAACUUUAGUCGAAACCUUCAGAGAGCAAUUGAAAACGAAAUCCACCGCAAUAGAGCAGCUCGAGUCCGCUCGAAACGCUCUCAAGAAUCAGAUUCUGCGCCUCGAGAAGGAGAAAUACGCCCUGACCGAUCGAUUGAAAGCUGGCCUUAACGUCGGACCCGAGAACACUCAGGCCAUCGAGGCUCUAAUGAGGAAAGUGACAAGUCAAGAAAGGCUAAUCUUGAGCUUGCAAGAGAGAGCCCAGCACAAGACUCGGCGGAAACCGAAAGAGAAUCAGAUCGUUCCGAUUUUGGUCAGUCCAAAAACUCCCAGACGCCAUAAAGGUGCAAGGUCGGUUAGUUUCGAUGCUUCUGUGGUCGACAAUGAAGCAAUGACUGGCGACGAAGCUUAA